ACCUUGGCUUAGCAUUGAUUCAGACUUAGAGAAAGGAGCAGGACCCAGAUUUUCCAGUUCACAGGAAGCUGUUUCCUACCCCCUAUCCUUAAGGGAUAGAGCGAUAACUCUUCUUUCAGAAGAAGUGUCUGUCUUUCUAACAGUGUUUCAAGUUUAUAUUUGAUGGUUCCUAUCAGAUGAGCCUGCCCUUAACAAUUAGUAUUUUCAGACUGUCCUCGUUCAAGUCUGUUCCAACUGGAGUUCUCCAAGUGGCUUUCUCCACUGCCAAACAUUGGAAUUCACAGUAUAAUGGCUGCCCGAUUCUGGGGGACGAGUUCCAAGCACAGCGAGCCCAGCACCAGCCACGCCCCAGGGCUUGGAAACCAGUAUCCCAGAGAUUCACAACUGAGACUUGUCUUAGUGGGUAAGACUGGAGCCGGGAAAAGCUCCACAGGGAACAGUAUCCUCAGAAAGAAAGUGUUUCGCUCUGGCAUCUCCUCAAAAUCCAUCACCAGGACCUGCGAGAAAGGGAGCGGCCCGUGGAACGGGAAGGAGGUCGUGGUGGUGGAUACGCCCGGCGUGUUCGACACCGAGGUGCCGGAUGCUGACACGCACACGGAGAUCGCUCGCUGCGUGCUGCUGACCUCCCCGGGGCCCCACGCUCUGGUCCUCGUGGUCCCGCUGGGCCGCUACACGCCAGAGGAGCACAAGGCCACCCAGAAGAUUCUGCAGAUGUUCGGAUGCGGAGCUCGGAGGCACAUGAUUCUCUUAUUCACCCGGAAGGAUGAGUUGGGGGGCUCUAGUUUCUAUGAUUAUUUGAAGGAAGCGCCCCAGACCAUUCGAGAGCUGAUGGGCCAGUUCCAGGAUCACUACUGCCUGUUCAACAACAGGGCCCUGGGCGACGAGCAGGCGGUGCAGCGGGCACAGCUGCUGCAGCUGGUGGAGCACAUGGUGCAGGAGAACUGCGGGCUCUGCUACACCAGCCCGCCAUUCCAGAGGGCCGAGGAGGAGAUCCAGAAGCAGAUCCAGGAGCUGCAGGAACAUUACAAGGCAGAGCUGGAGAGGCAGAAAGUGCAGAUCAAACUGGAGUACGAGGAGAGAAUCUGCAGCCUGGAGGACGAGCUGGAGCAGCAGAGGAGGCGGGCGCAGAUGGAGGGGGAGCUGGCAGAGAGGGAGAUGGCCUGUGUGCUGCGGCAGCGCGCCGCCAGGGCCCAGGUGGAGAGCGAGCCCAGGGUCCUGGACAUCAUCCUGAGAGCGCUGGAUAUACUUUCCACCAAGAUCAUUUCCCAUGUUCUGUCGCGUCUGUUUCCGUAAGGGUAAACUUAAUGAAAACCCGUCCGUAGUUCCCGCAUAUUCUUGGGGGCUCUGCCCCCACGUAACUCACGCAGAGUGCGCUGGUUUCUGCCCCUCGGGCUCUCGGAACUGGGGAGUGGACUCAAGUUCAAUGUUGCCAAUUGGUAGAUGGUUGAUUAAUUUAACAGGUGAGAGACAAAUUCCCAAUUUAUGAAACUAAAAAGCAGAAAAUACUGAUGCCCCUUACGUUAUUAAUUUUUCCCCAGAGACACAGAGAAAAGAAAUGCAAGGCGUCAAACUUCCUCCAUUUAUCCCGAGUAAAAAUUCCUCCUCUAGAUUCUUUCUAGACUGGAAGAUAAUCUCCCCGCUGUGGCUUCUACUCACUUAUUGCCUUUAGAACCAUAGUGAUCAUUUGCCCGUAUGGUUUGUUAGAUCAGUUCUUCGCACUGUCAGUGAAGAUGCUUAUAAAAGUCUUUCUUGCAUAAAUUUGUUUAAUUACAUUUUAACAGAAGCAUUCAAAUGAUUUCUUAUCAUCUGCCCAUGAAGAAGAAAGAAUUGUCUGGAAAAACAGAUCUAUCUUAACUAAGUGAAAUGCCAGAAAGAGCAAAAGACAGAGAUUCAACAGAUAAGAAUACAAUGUUUGGUGUAUUCAGAGGUAUCUGUGGAAACUUUUCGACCAACCUCAGUGUAACCAGUUCUCUGAUUUUCUUGUGAAACUGGCUGUUGCUUCCCUACCUCCAUCACCCCGCACCUUGAUUGCUCACAGCUUGGCCAGUCAACCACAUGCUGCUCCCCCAGCCCAGUUGAAUUGUUUGCUAAUUGUUACUAUAAUAAAACUUUUUCUGUUCCCUCCUA